AUGGCAACUGAGAUUUUGCGCCCUGAAGAAGAGGCACUCCGUCUCCUCGGCAAGAACUUGAGGUUUCCCAAUGACGACCAGCGACUAUCCGCAGAAAGACCAGCUUCCUUGCCUCCAUCUCCUGCAGCAACUUCUGGUUCCAUACCUCGGCACCUUCCUGUCGCUGGGCAGGCACCUCUGCCUUGGUGGAGCAAUGUGACCACCUAUGGCGUUCCUUUCGAGCUCAGCUGGAAUCUCCUCCAUAAUAUCGUGCGGAUUGGGUUCGAACCACUUUCGCACUUGGCAGAAUCCGGCGUCGAUGCUUUUAACAAGUCGGCACCAGACGAAUGCUUAUCCCGCCUUGCAAGUAUAGACGACACCAUCGAUCUAGCCCGGUUCAGGCACUUCCAGCACGAACUUGUGGUGACUCCUGAUGAAGAAAGUCGGUUGCUCAAAAAGCCCCCUCCCAUGUCCGGACGAGGUCAGCAAACCCUGGCGGUAGAAUUCCAGAAUGGCGGUAUCAGCGCCAAGGCCUACUUCUUCCCAGGCAUGAAGUCGCUGGCGACUGGAAUUUCGCCAGGAAAGCUCAUUCUCGCCUCCAUCGAGACGCUCGCCCUUUCGGGAUUGAAGGAGCCCGUGCAACACCUUUGCAACUCUCGGCCUACAAGACGACGGAAACCCAAGAGAUAG